AUGGCUAGUCUAAUUUCAAUGUCUUUUGCUACUCUUGGAACUGCCACUUUUUACACAACAUAUAUUCCAUCUGCAUGCUAUGGAAGUACGCCGGAAGGGACUAUGAUAGCUGCCGCCGGUGACGAAUUGUGGGAUGGUGGUAAAAUUUGCGGGAAAACGUUUCAGGUUACUUGCACGGGUCCAACAAAUCCAUAUCCACAUCCGUGCAAGGAUGGGACGAGUGUUAGUGUUAAAAUUGUGGAUCAAUGCCCUAAUUGUGGUGGCACUCUUGAUCUUUCUAAAGAAGCAUUUUCAACUAUUGCUGAUCCUGUUGCUGGAGUGAUAAAAAUUGAUUAUCAACAGUAA